AUGAAAUUAGAUUUAUUUAAUAAUAAUGGAAGUUUAUAUCUUUUAAUGAAAAUUUUAACAUGGAAUGGUAAACGUAUUGAACAACAACAAAUAUCAUUCUAUUUAAAUUGUUCACAAAAUUUAUUAAUUACAUUUCAAAGAAGACAUAUUAAUCAACCGUUUUUUCAAACAAUUCGUAGUCGUCUUCGACGAAAUCAACAUAAGAAUAAUGAUGAUGAUAUUCAAUACUGUCAAAAUACUCGUUUAAGACAAUUGAAUGUUGAUUAUCUGUUUUAUUGUUUACUUGAUGAUAUUAUCGAUAGGUAUAUGUGUGUCAUGGAAGAAAUAGCGAAUCGUAUUGGUCAGUAUGAUGAAAUGCUUAUGCUUGAUACAAAAUCAAGAACAUUAAAUACACUCUAUUCAAUCUAUUAUCUUAAACAUGAUUUACUUCAUUUACGAAUUUUAUUUAAUCCAUUGAAAGAAAUCAUAACACGUUUACAACGAACAACAUUUGAUGAACCAUAUAUAUCAUAUCCUCGUACGGAUCCAUUGUUACGACUUGGCCUAAAACAUCAUAUUGUUCGACGACAAGCAAAAACAGCUCGUUCAAGAGUAAAUAGUACUGAUAAAAAACCUCAAUUGACAUCAAACUAUUUCAAUGAGUAUAUUUAUGUUUAUUUAAAUGAUUUAAAUAAUCAUAUUGAUCAAUUAAUUGAUUCAUUAGAAACACAACGUGAAUGUGUUUCAAAUCUUAUUUCAUUUUGGAUUGCAUUAAAUAGUAAUGAUAUACAAGAAAUAUUAGAAUUUCUUAUGCUUAUAACUGUUCUUUUUAUGCCAUGUACUUUAUUAACUAGUUCCAAUUCAACAAAUUUUUAUAAACAAGCUCAAUUAGAAUAUCAUUAUGGCUAUUAUAUAAUACUUGCAGUUUUGGCUUUAAUUGCUAGUGGUAUGGUUCUAUGGUAUAAAGUCAAGAAGUGGAUAUAA